AUGUGCCACUAUCUGCUACCUACUCCGGAGAAUAUUUUAGCGAAAUUAAACGGUGGAAAGAUAUUUUCUAAAUUGGAUGUCUCUGACGCGUACCUACAAAUUAAAGUAAACGAUGAAUACUCGAAAUACCUAACAGUCAACACACAUAAAGGACUUUAUAAAUACAAGAGGUCACCAUUUGGUUUAAAAGUCGCACCAGUGAUUUUUCAACAGAUUAUGGAUGCAAUGUUAGCGGACAGUGAAUUAGCAAUUCCAUACAUGGAAAGUGAAUCCAGAGAUCAACACGUCGAGCACGUAAAAUAUGUAUUUGAAAAAAUUAAAGAUUAUUGCUUUACCUUGAAUGAAAAAAAUUAUGAAUUUUUGUUACCAGAAAUAAGACACUUAGGACAAGUCAUUAACAGAAAUGGACGACGACAUGACCUGUCGAGGGCAGAUGCAAUUAAAAGUAUGCCUUCUCCGACUAAUAUAGCGACCUUACAAGCAUAUUUAGAACUGGCAGAUUAUUACCAAAUUUAUAUCCCAAAUAUGCAUAAGGUUAGGGCUCCACUGAAUAAAUUGCUGAAAAAAAGAUAUGAUAUGGAAUUAGUCAGAAAAUUGCCAAAAGGCGUUCGGAAAAAUUUAUUAAAUAUUAUCUGA